ACACUUGACAUGUGGCUAUGAUUAUUUUUGCUUCAUAGUUUUGUCCUGAAUCCAAAACCCAUAGAAGCACAGGCGAGUUCAUCUUUCACUCUAAGCCAAAAGCAAUAAGAUUGUGGUUUUUGAAAUGAGAAGAUACAAUUAUUGGUGAAAUUGAAGAAAUCGAUUCCGCAAUUUCAGAUUGCGAACUUAAAUUAGUUGUAGAAAUUGCGAAAAUCAAUGAUUAUUCUAAAGAAUUAGGUUAAUAGCAAGUGUUUUCCGAUGAAUGGUGAGAACUCGAGAAACAAUGAGUUAUCCUUCCGUCCUUUGCUGUGGAUAGUUUUACUCCCACUUUAUGAUUUUGAAUUUCAAUUCGAUGAAGAUUGAGAAAUGUUGGUGCAGUAGGAACUAGGAAGUGAAUAAAGCUCCACAUAACAAGAACAUAAGAAUUAUAUAAGUUAUGGUUGCAAUCAUAUCAUCCCCUUGUUCUCUAAAUUUGAUAUGUGGGAGGAAGAACCAUCAGUUGCUCCACCAAAGAUUUUCUCAAAAUGCUGCUUUUACAAUGCUGAAUUUGCCUUCCUCGGGAAUAGAUAUUAUGAUUAACCAUAUUAUUACUAGAAGGAAAAAGGCUCCUCUCUUUGCAAAGUCUAGCGAAUCCGAGGAAUCAGUCCCUUCAUGGGCAAAGCCUGACUCUGAUGAUCCACCGCCUUGGGCUCGUGAUGAGGGCAAACAGAAUGACUUGAAGACCGACUUUGAUGUCCCAUUCUAUGUUUAUCUACUCGCCUCAGCUAUCACUGCUAUAGCUGCUAUUGGUUCAAUAUUCGAGUAUGCAAAUAAAAACCCGGUUUUUGGAGUUCUAAACUCAGACAGCAUAUUCUAUGCUCCUUUGCUUGGAUUUUUCGCGUUCUCUGGAAUUCCAACUUCGGCUUUCCUUUGGUUCAAAUCCGUUCAAGCUGCCAACAAGGAAGCCGAAGAACAAGAUAGGAGAGAUGGCUUUCGAUAAGGUCACUAGAUGUUAGGCAUUUGGUUCUUGUUUCUAUGUUAUUCUGAAUCAUUUGUAGCAAUGGUAAAUUCCAUCUUGUAAUUAGCUCAAUCUUGUUGCUUUUCUGAAAUUUGCAAAAGAAAAGUUUGUACGAAUAAUCCAGUUGUAUUGUUUAAGCUUAUUCUCGUUUUUGUCAUUCUUGACACCAGAAUAAAAUCCACAUAAUCUGUCAUCUGGUAAUGGUUGAUUGCUCUAUGUUGAAGAUUGGUGCUUUUUGUUGCA